UAUAUAUAUUUAAUUUUAACGAAUGCUAAACUGCCAACAUAAACCAUAUUAAAACAUUUGCAAAUAAUGUGGAAUAGCAAUUUAUCAAGAUGGAUCUAUUGCUUAUAAACAUAUUUAGUUUAAGAGUCAUCAAUAAGCAAAAAAUCUAUUUGAAGAUCUAAGCAAUAUCAACACAAAUUAUGAAAGAAGAGAUGAACUUAUUGAAUUCGUUUAUUAGACUAAAUAAAGCUUAUAAUUAACUGAUCAAACUUUUCACUUAACAAUUCAUUAUUUAGAUAGAUGUCAACACUUACUCUAAUGUAACAAUCCAAAAUUGAUAUCAUUACUUUGUUUAAUGGUGAGUUCAAAAAUGAUUGAAGAUGAUUCACACAUUCCAGGAAUGAGCAAAUUAUCUAAAGCAAGUGAUUUAAACUUAAAUAAAAAUGAAUAUAAAUAAGCAGAAUGUUUAGUUUUAAAAACAUUAAAUUGGUAAUCUAAUAUUUUAAUAUUCAAAGGAAACUAAGAGUUAACACUUUAUAUGAAUAAGUAUAAAGUCUUUUAUGCACAGGAGUUGUUUAUUCUACUGAUUCAAAUGAUGGUAUAAUGGAUAACAAUAUGAUUAAUUUUGUUUGUUGUAAAAUGCUUAAAGACCAUACAAAAAUUGUUUAUCAAGUUAACAAAAUACCUUAAUUGAUGCAAGUUAAUACAAAGAUUUUAGCAAUUGCUGUUAUUCUAUAUAUGAGAAAACAAUGUCGUUUGCAUCCUCUGUAGUAAUUUUUUGGUUAUGUUCACUAGUCCACAUUAAUUAUAAGUAUUAGUUGAAGAAAAUCAAAAUCAAUUGUUAAUUGAUACUUAUGGUCAGCUCAAUAAUCUGUUAUAAAAUAAUUCUUUAAGUAAUACUAAAAGUGUUUCAAGAGCUUUGUCUCCUAUUACAAUUUCUUCUUGUAAAUCUAUGCCUCCAGUAACUAGAAUUUAAUAAAAUCAACGAAUGCCUUUAACUAUUAUAACAAACCAUCAAACUUGUAUUAAACCAAAACUCAUUCGAUCUAAACAUUAAGAAUAAGAUUUUAAUCCAUUAAGAGUUAAACACAAAAAUUGUUGA